UUCAAAGGCACAGAAAUUAGCUGCCGGUGCAAAAGGGUUUGCUUUCUUCUUCGGUUUCAGACACACAAAAUAGCAAUGGGAUGCCCGUUGGCUAACUGCUGCCCUCCGAGCCCUGGGAUCACUUCGCAGGCUGCUGACUUUCCGACCACAGUCCCGCUGGGCGCCCCGGCUUCGGCCCCUCGCCGGUGUCUGCGGAGGGAUGCGCCCGGGCACUGGCUGUCUCCCGGCAGGUGAACGCCGGCCUGUAGGCUAAAGCCCCAGAGCGUCCACCUCGCGCCCCCAGGUUUUCUGCUCCUCCCCAACCCCUCCGAAGGAUGUGCCCCUUUAGCAGUGUCGGGGCUCCCAGCCCGAGGGUGGGGGGAGGGCGCCUCCCUAUCCCUCCUCCCCAUCCCCGCCUCGGCUGCGCUCGGGCUUUUACUGCAGUAGCCGGAGGUGACAGGGACGCCUCAGCCUCCUCGGCUGCUCUCAGAAGCCGCCUUCCCCAGCCUCCCCAGGGUCCUGCACCUGAGAGGCCGAGCCCGGGGGUGCUACGAGCCGCAGGAAACCGAAUUUUAGAAUGUGGAAAUCGCAGGGCGGCAUUCCUCCCGGGACCAGCCCGAGCGCCCAGCGCUGACAGCCAGAGGCAGCCUGUGGGAAGUUGGGACCGUAGAGCAAAGGGGGAGGGGAGUGGUGCAGCUCUGCGAGGAGUCGCUGGAGCAGCGCGGUUGGACACAAGUUUGCGUGGGAGUGUUUUCCUUUUGUCAAUAAUUAAUCGGUCUGGCAGAUUGGAGUUUUGGCAAUAGGGCAGGCGGCGGGGCCGAACACCCCACUCUGGGAGGCUCGGAGGCGCCGGGCGCAGGGGGAAGCUCGCACCAUCUGGAGAGGCGCCAAGGCGCUGGCGCUCACCUAAGCCGCAGAGAGGUACACCCAACCGGGAGAUGAAGAAACAGCAGCCCAGAGAGGAGAAGUAACCCAGAAUUAUUCCGUGGAGGAGCAAGAACAAGAACCCAAGCUUGGACCCUCCUAGGCAGCACCUCCCAGUCCUGUUUCCUCUAGCCUCUGGUAACCGCCACCCCACUUCAUCUAGAGUUCGACUACUCUAGAUGUGUCAUGACGGGCCUUCUGCAGCUUGAAGGAGCCAACCAUGGAUUUCAGGCGUGUGAAGGACUAUUUCUCCUGGCUCUACUAUCAAUACCAAAUCAUCAGCUGCUGUGCUGUCUUGGAGCCCUGGGAGCAAUCCAUGUUCAAUACCAUCUUGCUAACCAUUUUUGCUAUGGUGGUGUAUACUGCCUAUGUUUUUAUCCCAAUCCACAUCCGCCUGGCUUGGGAAUUUUUCUCCAAAAUCUGUGGCAUUCACAGUACACUUUCGAGUUGAUCUUGGUUGCGUUCUGUGAAUUGGCAGUGCACAUGUAUAUAUUGCUUACAACUCCUUGUUUUAGGUGAUUACUGUGUCUUCUUUCACUUUCUGAUCUAAAAAGCUCUCACUUCUCUAUGCACUCUUAGGUCCUGCCUGAAAUUUGAGAUAGAUGCCUCUUUAGGUUCUUUUGUACAUGUUACAUUGUGCAUCAGACCAAGAUAAUACAAUGACCUUACCUCACGUACCAUAUUUUCUCAACUUAAAUCUAUGACUUUAGUUGUUGUUUUUUUAAAUCAGGAAAUUUCAUAUAAAAUUUUUCUGUAAAGUAGGCUUAUGAGACCUAUCAGAAUCGUGUUUAAAAUAUCUGCUCCCUUGAUACCUAUUCUAUACUAAAGGAUAUAUUUUUAAAAAUGUGUUCAUAGGCUACUGUCAAAAGUAUCAGAUCCUUGUUUACAAUAUAAAGAUGUGAAUAAAUUAUAUGGGCCCCCUAAAGUAUUGUUUUUUUACUCAACUACUGAUACCUAAAAUCCUUUUAUUCCAAGUGCAAAAGAAUAGGCUGAAGGCAAUUAUCUGCUUUCAGACAUGGUUCCUGAAUUGUUUCAAAUGUCUCUAAAAGUCUGGCUUUAUAACAAUUUAAAACCAACAAUGUUGAUUUUAGAUAACCCAGUAAUUAUUAUAAUACGAAAUAAUUUUUACAUAUAAGAAACAAAAUAUAAUCAGAGUAAAUUCAGACAUUGUGACUGUGAUGUUGUCUUGCCUUGCAUGAUGCUGGAAGGGGAGGAAGGGGGAGGGAGAGAAAAGAAAUUGUUUUUUUUCUGUGCUUUCACUCAGUGGAGGGAGAGCAUGUAUUGCGCUACAAGAAGAAAGCUAAUAAAUAGGCUGGGAGUAAUAUUCUACCAGCAGGAACUUGACAGCUCCAGUUAAAUACUCCUUUGCAGAGCAAAAAUCAAGAUUUAUUAAAUUUCCUUCAAAGUGUUCAUUUUAAAAACAAUUGCUGCACUAGUUGGUUUGGUUCAGGGGAUAGAGCAUCAGCCUGAGGACUGAAGGGUCCCAAGUUCGAUUCUGGUCAAGGGCACAUGCCUGGGUUGCGAGCUGGAUCCCCAGUAGGGGGUGUGCAGGAGGCAGCCAAUCAAUGAUUCUCUCUCAUCAUUGAUGUUUCUAUCUCUCUCUCCCUCUCCAUUCCUCUCUUAAAUCAAUAAAAAUAUUUUUUUAAAAAAAAAAAUAAAAAUUAGUCCAGCCGGCGUGGUUCCAUGGUUGAGCGUUGACCUAUGAACCAGGAGGUCACGGUUCAAUUCCAGGUCAGGGCACAUGCCUGGGUUGCGGGCUCGAUCCCCAGUGUGGGGGUGCAGGAGGCAGCCGAUCCAUGAUUCUCUCUCCUCAUGGAUGUUUCUAUCUCUCUCUCCCUUUCCCUUCCUCUCUGAUAUCAAUAAAAAAAAUUUUUUUAAUUAAAAUUAAAAUUAAAAAAAUAAAAACAUUUGCAAAUUUUAAUUAUACUGCUGAAUCAGAUGUGAAUACCAAAGAUCAAGUUUUUCUUUCCUCUCAAUAAAUAUCAAUAUUAGUAAUACUGGAGGGUAAAAGUAUAAAUAGUUUUUGGACAGUAUUUGCACCCUUGUUUGUGUUAUGGAGAAAAAAAAUUCCAAAAAGAGCUAGAGAGAAAGAUGUUUGGCAUGCCAAAUUACCUUGCACGUUUGUUUUAAAAAACACACACAAGCACAUGGUUUGAAGAUAAACCAGAUCUGAACAUGUAUUUGUUGAUUUUUGCAAAAUAAAAUUAGGUUUCAUUUUAUAAAUAAAA